AUGAGCAGUGCUGCAGCACCAGGGUUUAGUGAGGUCUUUGUUUGUGCAGCCCACUCUGUGUCUGAGAGUGGGGCUGGUGUAGAACUGAGCCCAGCGCUGUCUGGCAUUUCCAUUCUGUCCUGCUCUGGUGAGGUUAGGAGUGGCUUAGAAACAGAAUCCACAGCUACUGAUAGUAGAAAGCGCAAGAUUUCUUCGCAAGUUUGUGUAUCAAAGAAAUCAAAGCAUUUUGAUAGGGCUGCAGAGGACUUGGAUGUAGAGUUUGUUGAUGCAGUUAGGAAUGUAGAGCUGGUCUUCUGUCCCCUCAAUGUAGAUGUGUGUCAGGCUUUGUGUAGUCAGUUAAAUGUAGAUUUUAUGAAAGUCAGUGGUCUGGUGUUUAAAGAGGUUGGGGAUUUAGGUGUUCCCUGUAGAAAUGAGAAGAUAGUUCCAGACGGGAACUGCUUCUUCAGAGCUGUGUCUCAGGCUAUUAGUGGUUCACAGAAGAACCAUCACAGGAUUAGGCUGGCUGUUUGUAGUGAGUUGGAGCAUAAUGCUGGUAGGUAUCAGGGUCUUUUGAGGACUGGUUAUUCGUCUGUUUCAGAGUACAUUAACCAGUCCAGGAUGAAGUAUGUCAACACUUGGGCCACAGAGGUGGAAAUCCAGGCCACCGCAGAUUGUUUGGGUGUUAGUGUGUGUACGUUUCUUGAUGGACGUUGGCUAAAGUACAGUUGUAGCAGAAAGUGUUUGUCAGCGGACUGCAUUUACUUAGAAAAUGUCAGGGGGGAGCAUUUUGAGUAUGUUGUGUGUGUAUGUAAGCCAGGACAGCAGUGUUGUUAUGGUUAUUGUAGAGUUACUGAGGAGACGGGCUAUAGUACUAGGUCAGCAGUGAUAGAUGUUACUGACAGUGUAUGCUCAGGUACAGAGUUUAAAGGUCUUAGUGUGAGGUCUAAAUAUUUGACACGAAAGAAAAUUGUGUCACGUAGAGAGAGACACAAGUUGCUGUGUAGGAAGAUGUAUAGGGAGAACGUCAUUUUCAGGGAGAGGAUGAUAUCUUGGAAAGUCAGGAAAUACAGGGAUGAUCAUCAGUAUAGGAACAGGGUUAUAGCUACAGGUGUCAGGAAAUACAGGAAUGAUCUUCAGCAUAAGGACAGAGUUAAAGCUUUGAGUGUAGAUAAAUACAGGGAUGAUCAUCAGCAUAGGGACAGAGUUAAAGCUUUGAGUGUUGAUAAAUACAGGGAUGAUCGUCAGCAUAGGGACAGAGUUAAAGCUUUGAGUGUAGACAAAUACAGGGAUGAUCGUCAGCAUAGGGACAGAGUUAAAGCCCUGAGUGUAGACAAAUACAGGGAUGAUCAUCAGCAUAGGAACAGAGUUAAAGCUCUGAGUGUAGACAAAUACAGGGAUGAUCAUGAGCAUAGGGACAGAGUUAAAGCUGUGAGUCUCAGGAAAUUCAGAGAUGAUCCUCAACAUAGAGAGAAGGUUAAGCAAAAUGCUAAAAGACAUUAUCAUAGUAAUUGUAAAUAUAGGCAAAAGGUUAUUGCUCGUGCCGGGUUGAUUCAGAAGCAGAGGCUCGAGAGGUCGAUAGAUUUUGGUUUGGUUACGGAUCACUUUUUAGAGAAGGUCAGGGAUGGACCAGAUUUUGUGUGCUGCGUUUGUCAUAGGCUAAUGUUCAAAUCUCAGGUGCUGACAUGUGACAGGGAGGUUUAUGCCACCAGUUCAGCAACAGCAGGCAUUGCAGAUAAUUGCAUUAGUGAGCAUUAUUUGCAUAGUUGUGAUGAGAGUUGUGUUGAGCCCUGUCACUUAGCUGCGUGUAGAGGUCAGCUGUGGAUUUGUUAUACGUGUCAUAAUAAGAUUAGUAAAGGUGAAGUCCCAGCUGAAUCGUGGAGAAAUAACCUCGAUCUAGACCCCAUUCCUUCAGAACUGGGAUGUCUAAAUAGCUUAGAGCAGCACCUGAUAGCUUUACACAUCCCAUUUAUGAAGAUGUUAGCGUUGCCUAAAGGUGGUCAGAAUGGUGUACAUGGGCCUGUAACAUGUGUUCCGGCCAACAUUGUACAGACCACCAAUGUGUUGCCGCGGUCCAGUAUGGAGGGGUCUCUGCUUCAGGUUAAGUUGAAAUGUAAACUGACCUAUAAAGGCCACUACGAGUAUCAGUUUGUUGAUACAUUGCGUGUAAGGCGGGCGCUAGAAUAUUUGAAGAGGACGAAUGUGUUGUAUAGAGAUAUUGAAUUCAACGAGGAGUGGAUUAAUGAGUUUUGUACGCAGGAAGAUGGUGAGCAAGAAGAGCCUGAACCUGAGGAUGAGGAUGUUCAGGUUCAGUCUUCUCAGGUUGAGCAGGUUGUUGGAGAGGGUGAGGUUAGCCAGGCUGAGGAUGUUGCAGCAGAUGUUGAUGGUGUAGAUGAGGAAUCAGCAGAAAUAGUGCAAGACGAACUGUUACAUGACAGACAACAGCACUGCAUGUUUCAGGACACUUGCUUAUUUCCUGUUGACAUCGGGCAAGAAACUUUAGACCAGUAUUUUGAAGAUAUUGUGAGUAUAGCGCCUGCAGAGGGAAACAGUCCAGUUAGGAUGCUUUCUGACCAUCUGAAUGAAGCAAAGUGUUUCCCGGUGUUGUUUCCUCUGAGUACUAAGACCUUCCAUGAUAGUCGCAUGCAUCAUUUAACAUUGUCGCGUUAUUUUAAUAAUAGGAUCAUGCAUGCCGACGGCCGUUUUGCACGGAAUGUUGAGUAUAUUUUUUAUAGUCAGUAUAUGUCUGAAAUGGAUCAGGUUGUGUCGAGUGUUUCUGUAGCUAUGCGUAAGGGUAAAGGAGGUCAGAAGUCUCAGAGGAUCAGUAUGAGCAUGCUUCAAGAUGAGAAGUCUUUGAAGCAGUUUUUGGAGUUUGACGAUGGUUAUCGGUUCCUUCGGCCCAUACGCGGGACGCCAGCGUUUUGGUCUUCUGUGCAAAAGGAUCUCAUUGCGUCCGUGAGACAGUUAGGGAUUCCUACGUUUUUUGCAUCGUUUUCGUCUGCAGAUCUGCGCUGGCAGAAUCUCCUUGCCAGCAUCCUGAAACAAGAAGAGACGGUAGAGGAUUUAGAGUGGGCCGAUAGGUGUGAGUUGUUGCGUCGUAACCCGGUCACAGCUGCACGGAUGUUCGAUUACAGAUGGCACUGUUUUUUGAACGAAGUUCUCAUGUCUCCUGCUCAACCAAUUGGCAAGAUUGUUGAUUACUUUUAUAGGAUAGAAUUCCAGCAGCGGGGGUCUCCCCAUGUUCAUGCGCUGUUUUGGAUCGAGGGAGCUCCCCAAAUUUACAAAAACACAGAUGAAGAGGUUGCAGAGUUCAUUGACCAGUAUAUUACAUGUGAGCUACCCUCAGACGAUGACGCGCUAUUGGACAUUGUGUCAUCAGUUCAGACACAUUCGAAGAGACAUUCAAAGUCGUGCAAGAAAAACAAAAUGAAAUGUCGUUUUAAUUUUCCAAAACCAGUUUCUGCACGCACAUUCAUCUGCAAAAUCGAGGAAUGCCGUUGUGCACAGAAGGCAAAGGAGACAGGGGAGCCUUCUGAUUCAAAUGACAAGCCAUUGUGCACGUGUCAGGAGGAUUUAGAUAAGAAGAUGCCUAAGGAGCUAGCUCAGUCCAUUCUGACUAGAGUUAAAAAUGCCAGAGAGGGUGAGCCUUUUGCUAGUGUAGAACAGUUGUUUGCCAGUGUGGGGAUUAACCAGGCAAUCUUUGAGAUGGCUUAUAGGCGGUUGGAGAAAAAGAAUAGGGUGGUUUAUCGACGAGGGGUAAAUGAAACUUGGGUUAAUCAGUAUAACAAGAAUUUGCUUAAGUGCUGGAAUACUAACAUGGACAUUAGCUUCGUCACCGACGCCUACGCAGUCAUUAUAUAUAUCGUAUCGUAUAUUACGAAAGCAGAGCGAGAAAUUGGCCUGUUAUUGAGCAAUGCCCAAAAAGAAGCAUCAAAACAAGGAAAUCUCUCUGCUAGAGAUGCUAUGAAAAAGCUCGGCAGUGUAUAUUUACACAACAGAGAUGUCUGUGCUCAGGAGGCGGUGUACAGGCUAACGGGCAUGCAUUUGAAGGAGUGUUCCAGGAAGGUUGUGUUUGUUCCAACAGGGAACAACAUUGUGAAAAUGAGUUUGUCCCUCAGUGUUUUGUUGCAAAAGGCAUCCUCUCAUGGUAUUGGGUCAGAGGAUAUGUGGAUGACUAGCAUCGUAGAUAGAUACAGGAAUAGGCCUGACGGUGAUGUGUUUGACGACAUGUGCAUUUGUACUUUUGUGUCGGAGUAUCGUGUUCUCAGCAAGAAUGAAAAAUCUCCAAACCAAAUUCAAUUGAAAGGCGGUUUGGGAUUCAUCUUGAGGAGAACACGAUCUCAGUUUGCGGUUGUGCGGUACAUGCGUUUUGACUUAGAAAAACAGGAGGAAGCCCGCUUUCAGAGUCUGUUGCAGUUGUUCCUUCCUUAUAGAACUGAUUCAGAGCUCAAACCUGAAGGCUUUGCGGUCUUCAAACAGUUCUAUGAGGAAGGGGAGGUGACGUUGGCUGACGGCUCCGUGCGUUUGGUGCAGGAUGUCGUUGAUGAGAAUAGGGCCAAGUUUGAAGUGGACUGUCCUCAUUUAGAGCGCGCUGAGGAAAUUGUGGAGAAGUUAAAUGGUGUUGAUGAAGAUGCAUGGGGGGAGUUUUGUCCUGAGCAGGAAGUCGAACGCUUAGAAUGUUUAGAGGAUAGAAAGCAGCAGCAGCAGGCAGAGAUACAGGAUGAGCAGUUGGUCGAAUCUGAAGAAAAUGUCCCCGAUUUGUUUGUUGGUGGUAGACAGGUAGCUCAGUUUGAGAAAAACACCACCAUUUUGUCUAGGACUGAGGGUUUAGCCUUGAUUCAUUCUCUGAAUGAUAUGCAGAAGGCUGUUUUUGAUAGGAUUAGGAAGUGGUGUUUGGAUAAGGUGAUGGGUAAAAACCCUGAGCCUUUGCAUGUGUUUGUGACAGGUGGCGCAGGGACAGGGAAAAGUCAUUUAAUCAGAGCUAUCCAAUAUGAGGCAGGGAGACUGCUGUCAACACUUUGUGAUCGACCAGACGCUGUUUCUGUUUUGUUAACUGCUCCCACAGGCGUAGCUGCAUAUAAUUUAAAUGCAGUAACAAUUCAUCACGCAUUGAGUAUUGGUAAACAGGUUAGCUUACCUUACAUUCCUUUGGGUGAAGAUAAGCUAAACUCUUUGAGAGCUCAAUAGAGUCACCUCCAAAUUCUAAUCAUUGACGAGAUCAGCAUGGUAGAUCACAAUCUGUUGGCUUAUGUGCAUUGCCGGUUGAGGCAGAUUAAGCAGUCAGGCGACUUUUCCCCUUUUGGUAAAGUUAGUGUGAUAGCAGUGGGGGACUUUUAUCAGUUGCCACCCGUUAAAGGGAGGCCUCUGUACACCAGUCAGGUGGGUGUGGACCUGUGGUGUAAUUUUACUAAGGUGGAGCUGACAACAGUCGUUAGGCAGAAGGAUAGUGUUUUUGCUGAGCUGCUGAAUAGAUUGAGAGUGCGUUCGAAGAAGACCCCGUUAUUGAAUAGCGACGUUGCGAUUUUAAAGUCCCGUGAGACGGGGGAAGAGACCUCAGCUUUGCAUAUCUUUCCAACUAAUAUGCAAACCAGUGAGCAUAAUCUGAAACGGUUGUUUGCAACUUGUCCAGAUUAUACCACUAUUGAGGCUCAAGAUUUUAUGAAUAGCAAGAAAACGGGCAAAUUAGAGGAGACGGUAGGGCAUCACAGCAGAGCAUCGUACACGUGUUUACCCGAGAAAUUGUGUUUGGCUCGGAACGCACGUGUAAUGCUUUGCAGAAACAUUGACGUUGUAGAUGGUCUGGUCAAUGGAGCAUGUGGAACUGUAACUCAUAUUGAGUUUGGAGAGGACAAAAGCUUCCCUCUCACAGUUUAUGUUAAAUUUGAUGAUGAAAAAAUUGGCUCACAGAGGAGAAAGCAACGUUCACAUGCUGUAGUAGAAUGUCGUAGUUCUACUGCCAUUGAUCCCGUUCAGGAGUCGGCCACUGCACGGGGUGGUCUGCGUCGUCAGUUUCCUCUUAGGCUAGCGUGGGCGUGUACUGUACAUAAAGUUCAGGGAUUAACUGUAGAUGAGGCUGUUGUUUCGUUUGAUAAGGUGUUUGCACCUGGGCAGGCGUAUGUAGCGCUUAGUCGUGUCAGGGCUUUGUCUGGACUCGUCAUCAGGGAUUUUAAAGAGAAGGCCAUUUACUGCAAGGACACCAUAAAGGAGGCCUUGGAUAGCAUGCCUCCAUUUCUGAUUGAGCAGCCACAGCCUUCAUUAAAUACACACAGUUUCUCUGUGUAUUUAAUGAACGUUCACAAUUUAAGUCGCCACCUGUCACAUUUGGUGUCUUGCACACAGCAUUUACAGCCUAACUGUAUUGCUGUGACAGAGACGUGGCUCAGUGCACAAUCCUCAACAGACAUUGUUCAUAUUGACGGUUACAUUUUCCACAGUCGUCCUCGAGCCUUGUGUUACAGCAGCAGUAACCCCAAAUUGUCUGAGCUUCGGGACCUAGAACAUGGUGGAGUAGGCUUGUAUACAGCAGGUGAUUUGGACUGUGAGAUUCUGCAGGUGCCCGAUUUGAAUCUGGAGUGUUUGGUGUGCCUGUGUACCAAAUUGAACAUCUUGAUGGCAGUAAUUUAUCGUCCACCAUGUUAUCCAAAUUCAUUAUUCAAACAGAAUCUGGGGAAGUUACUAGAUUGGUUGAAUCCAAUCAGUAACACAAUUGUUAUAAUGGGGGAUUUUAAUGAGGACAUUUUGAAAAGACCAUCAAUUUGUAAAUUUAUGGGCCAAAAAGGAUAUAUUCAGCAUGUAACGCAAGAGACAACAGAGAAGGGGACAUUGAUUGACCAUGUUUAUGUCAAAACAACACGGUAUGAUGUGGAUUGUACAGUGAUGUCUGCGUACUUUAGUGACCACGAAGCCAUCUGGUGUGGUUUUCGUGUUAAAGAUCAGGAUUUAUUAGAAGAUGUAGAUUUGCUGUUUGCAGAGGAGUUUGAAGAUUUAGAGGGUUUUUUCGAUGACGAGUCCGAUGUAGAGUAGAUUAGG